UGUUCCUAUAAUAAUUAAUAAUAACAAUAUUUAUUACAAGUCCUUCUUUCUCUAUUUUCGCUCCAUUUCAACUCAUUUUUGCACCAGUUUUACCACCAUGGCUACAACUACUCUAUUUCCACUCUCCAUCAACCCAAACCAUGUUCUUAAACCAAAACGUUUCAUUCUUCAACCAAACCAACCUCUAUUCAAAUCUCUCAAAUCCAAAACCUCCAUUUCCUGCUCCGCUGUUGCUUUUCCAAAAACCACCAACCCUGUCGCUCCUUUGAAACUCCUCGGUCUUGCGGAGGAGUUUCGAUCAUUACAGGAGCCAGCAGACCGAAUGAAGCGGCUACUACACUACGCAGAGCUAACACCACCGAUGGAGGAGACAGCGCGUGUUGACAGGAACCGAGUCAUGGGGUGUACGGCUAGAGUGUGGGUGGAGGUGAAGAUCGACGGUGAAGGGAAGGUGAGAUUAACGGCGGAUAGUGAUUCGGAGAUCACGAAAGGUUUUUGUGCGUGUUUGGUUUGGGUGCUUGAUGGGUUGGAACCGGAAGAGGUUGUGAAAGUGAGUACUGAGGAUUUGGUUGGUCUUAAUGUUGGUUUACCAGGAACUGGUCGUUCUAGGGUGAAUACGUGGCAUAAUGUUCUUGUUACUAUGCAAAAAAAGACGAAACAAUUGGUUGCUGAGAGAGAAGGGAAGCUGAAGUUUGAGCCUUUUCCGUCUUUGAUUGUUACUGAUGAUGGUGUUGUUCCUAAGGGUAGUUAUGCUGAAGCCCAGGCAAAAUACUUGUUCCCUGAUGAGUUAAAAGUUGGUGAACUAGUCAAUGUGCUGAAGGAGAAGAAAAUUGGUGUUGUUGCACAUUUUUACAUGGAUCCUGAAGUCCAAGGCAUUUUAACAGCUGCUCAGAAGCAGUGGCCUCAUAUCCAUAUAUCUGAUUCACUGGUCAUGGCAGAUUCAGCAGUCGAAAUGGCAAAAGCUGGAUGCAAAUUCAUAACAGUGCUGGGUGUGGACUUCAUGUCGGAAAAUGUGCGCGCCAUCCUUGAUCAAGCUGGUUUUAACGAGGUUGACGUGUAUAGAAUGUCGGAUGAGCUUAUUGGAUGUUCUCUGGCUGAUGCUGCAGCUACCUCUACUUAUAUGGAGUAUCUUGAGCCAGCUUCUAAGUCUACUUCUUUGCAUGUCAUAUACAUUAACACUAAGUUAGAGACAAAGGCAUAUGCACAUGAGCUUGUGCCGACAAUAACCUGUACUUCAUCAAAUGUUAUCCAGACUAUUCUACAAGCAUUUGCUCAAGUGCCUGAUUUGAGCAUAUGGUAUGGGCCUGAUUCUUACAUGGGGGCAAAUAUCGUAGAAUUGUUCCAACAGAUGACAGUAAUGACCGACGAAGAGGUUGCUGCGAUACAUCCUGAGCACAAUGUAGACUCUAUUAAAUCAUUACUACCACGACUCCACUAUUUUCAGGAUGGAUCAUGCAUUGUUCAUCAUCUUUUUGGCAAUGAAGUUGUGGAGAAGAUAAAAGAAAUGUAUUGUGAUGCAUUCCUUACUGCCCAUCUUGAGGUACCUGGAGAGAUGUUUUCAUUGGCAAUGGAAGCAAAGAGAAGGGGGAUGGGAGUAGUAGGCUCCACCUCGAAUAUUUUGGACUUCAUAAAAGACAGGGUUCAAGAAUCGUUGGACAGAAACAUCGAUGAUCAUCUCCAAUUUGUUUUAGGAACAGAAUCUGGGAUGAUUACUGCAAUUGUCGCAGCAGUUCGAAGUUUGUUAGAGCCUGCAAAGUCCUCUUCUCAAGGAGCAAAAGUUACUGUUGAAAUAGUUUUUCCAGUUUCGUCAGAGUCAAUUUCGACAACAACCCCGAGUCUAAAUCCAGUUGAAGUCGGUGAUAUCAUACUUCAUGUUGUACCAGGAGUAGCUAGCGGGGAGGGUUGUUCCAUUCAUGGUGGCUGUGCUUCUUGUCCAUACAUGAAGAUGAAUUCUCUUAGCUCACUCCUAACAGUUUGCAGUCACCUACCCGACAAAGAAAAUGUGAUAUCUGCAUACAAAGCAGAGCGAUUCAAGUUGCAGACUCCAAAUGGCCAAUCCGUGGCAGACGUAGGAUGUGAACCAAUUUUGCACAUGAGGAACUUUCAGGCUACUAAAAAGCUUCCUGAGAAGCUGGUUGAUCAGAUUCUUCACACCUAAGACAGUGGAAAAUUGGUGUGAUAAACUAUUCUGGUUGAUCAGAUUCUUCAUCCCAGAGAAGCUGGUUGUUUAGAUUGUUUCAGAGAAAUAAUGUUAUAUAUGCAGACAGAAAUAUAUGCUGCUCUAUUGUGAGUAAUUCCAAGUUGCAACAAACGAUAGGUAAUAGUUACCACGAUCAGAUUUUGUUGUAUGGUAGUUUUUCUUAGUAUAGGAAACUUAUAAUAUUGAUUAUUAAUAUCAUAAAACAUACUUAGUUCGGUAUCAGAUAUAGAGAAAUUAAUGAUAUAGCAGCAUUUUGGGAUUAUACCACACUUUGAAAAAAUUGAAAUAAAAUGAAAUUUACACAA